GUCCGCCUGUCAAGUUGUCGCCGGUUUGGUGUGGACGUUUGAUGGUUUUAAGUGCGUGGUUCUCGUUUCGUGCCUUUGUUGAUGGGAAUACAGUAGCACAAGUGUUAAACUGAUUAAAUGAUUUUAAACUCAAACAAAAAUCCCGACGAACUCUUGGAAUCACCUGAUUAUUCAGCAAAUAAAAAAUGGCGCUUUCGCUUAUUUCGAUGGUAACUGCUCUCUAUGUGCUGAAUCUGACUCUAGCGCUGAUCAUAGUCAACAAGGAGGUGCCCACAAGCCGAGGCAUGCUGUAUCCAACGGAAUCGGAAACGCGCGAAGUGCGCUCAUUGGAUGGCAUUUGGAAUUUUGUGCGCUCCGAUCAAAAUAAUCCCACACAAGGCAUACGCGAUGGCUGGUUCAAUGCGGAUUUAAGUAAAAGCAGACCAACAAUACCCAUGCCCGUGCCCGCUUCGUAUAAUGAUAUAACCACAGAACAAUCGCUGCGCGAUCAUGUGGGCACGGUGUGGUAUGAUCGCAAGUUCUUUGUGCCGCGCUCCUGGUCACAAAAUCAACGCGUUUGGCUGCGCUUUGGCAGCGUGCACUACGAAGCUUUUGUGUGGAUAAAUGGCCAAUCAGCUGUUAAGCAUGAAAUGGGACAUCUGCCUUUUGAAACGGAGGUUACACACAUACUCAACUAUGGAGCCGAGAAUCGUAUAACGGUUAUGUGCGACAAUGCCUUAAUACAAACCACUGUGCCGCAGGGCAAAAUCUCCGAGGUGGCCAAUGAUGGUGGUGUCACUAUUAUACAAAGCUAUACCUUUGAUUUCUUCAACUACGCCGGCAUACAUCGUUCCGUGCAUUUAUAUACUACGCCCAAGACCUUCAUAGAGGAUGUGGAAAUAAGUACAAAUCUGGCCGACGACAAUAGCGUGGGCUAUGUGGACUAUGUCAUUAGCAUUAAUGGCAGCGCCGCCAAUGAGGCAGACAAUGCUAUAUAUGCGAAGCUGCAACUGUAUAAUCGUGAGGGGGUGCAGGUUGCCAAUGCCACCUCCGAUGCCAAGCUAUCGGGUCGUUUGAAAGUAGAACAGGCCAAGCCUUGGUGGCCGUAUCUCAUGCAUCCCGAGCCUGGCUAUAUGUAUGAGCUUGAGAUCAAAUUGCAUGCAGCCAAUGCGGAGCUGUUGGAUGUGUAUCGCUUAAGCAUAGGUCUGCGCACGCUUAGCUGGACCAAUGCCACAUUUACGAUCAAUGGCAAGCCCGUUUAUUUCCGUGGGUUUGGACGCCAUGAAGAUUCAGAUAUACGCGGCAAGGGCUUGGAUAAUGCGCUUAUGGCACGCGAUUUCAACUUAAUUCAGUGGAUUGGAGCCAAUGCUUAUCGCACUUCGCAUUAUCCAUACUCAGAGGAGUCCAUGCAGUUCGCUGACAAGCAUGGUAUUAUGAUUAUUGAUGAAUGUCCCAGCGUGGAUACAGAAAAUUUCAAUCAGGCUUUGUUAAGCAAGCACAAAUCCUCGCUAGAGCAGCUUAUACAUCGUGAUCGCAAUCAUCCCAGUGUGGUUAUGUGGUCCAUAGCCAAUGAACCUCGCACUAGUCAAACCAAUGCGGAUACAUACUUUCAAUUUGUGGCCAACUUUACGCGCUCCCUAGACAGAACGCGGCCCGUGACAGCAGCCAUUGCAGUUCCGCAUGCGGAUGACAAGGCGGGUCGCUAUUUGGAUAUUAUAAGCUUUAAUCGCUAUAAUGCUUGGUACUCGAAUACCGGUCGCUUGGACAUGGUGACACAGCGUGUAAUCGAUGAAGCCAUUGCCUGGAAUCAAAAAUAUGAUAAGCCUAUUAUCAUGUCGGAGUAUGGAGCUGAUACCUUAGAGGGCUUGCAUCUGCAGCCAGCAUUUGUGUGGUCCGAGGAGUUCCAGACGGAAAUCUUUGCGAGACACUUUAAAGCGUUCGAUGCGCUGCGUCGCAAAAAAUGGUUCAUAGGCGAAUUCGUUUGGAAUUUCGCAGAUUUCAAAACGGGCCAAUCCUAUACACGCGUGGGCGGCAAUAAAAAGGGCGUGUUUACGCGUGCGCGACAGCCCAAGGCAGCGGCACAUUUGCUGCGUAGAAGAUACUUUGCGCUGGCACGUGAACUGGACCAGUGCAGCAUGCCGGAAGACCUCUUCACCUACAUAGCCGAUGUGGGUGCUAGUGUUAAACAUGAUGCCACAGAUUUAUAAAAUUGAGGCCGCCACACUUGUAACAUAGACAGCGCAACACUUAAAAAAGACAAAACUGCAAGAGAGUACAAUUUUAUAUAUAGUAUAUAUAAUUACUGUAAAUUGUAGUAAUGCAGACCAAACAUUGUUUAUAUGUUUGUAAUUUUUAUUCAUCUUAAGCGCAAUGUUUCAUAUGAACUAAACAGAAAUGCAUUUCUCCUAUGGCAUUGCCUUGACGAAUCAAAUGUAUUUUUUAUGGGCCUAUUUGAGCGUUUUGAAUCAAAAUAAAAUGUAACUAGCUUUUAAAGCGUUUUUUAUUUUUAAAUAACAAGCAUUGUAUAUUUUUUCAUU